CUAGGCACUAGCCUCAGCAUCCAUUCCACACAAACAACCUCACCUCCAAUUCGAGUGUCAGCGGCAAAACCAGCUUUGUUUAGCGAGAAAACACAAAGCCAUCUAGCAGAAGAUUUCCUACUCGGCCGCACGUGCAGACCCCAUCGAUCUGACUGAGAGGCAGCGCCUCGGCAGUGACCGCGAGCCAUGGAUCUGGCGUGGAUGGUGGCGGCGGCCGUCGCGUCGGUGCUGGCGUCGUGGGCGUUCAACGCGCUGGUGCACCUCGUCUGGCGCCCCUACGCCAUCACCCGGAGCCUCCGCGCGCAGGGCGUCCGCGGGCCGGACUACAGGUUCUUCACCGGGAGCCUCGGCGAGAUCAAGCGGCUCCGCGCCGAGGGCGCCGCCGUCACGCUGGACGUCGACGACCAUGACUUCAUCCCCAUGGUGCAGCCGCAUCUGCGCAAGUGGAUCGCGCUCUACGGACGGACGUUCGUGUACUGGACCGGCGCGAGGCCGAACGUGUGCGUGGCGGACGUCAACGUGGUCAGGCAGGUGCUCUUCGACCGCACCGGCCUCUACCCCAAGAACCUCAUGAACCCGCACGUCUCCCGCCUCCUCGGCAAGGGCUUCGUCCUCACCGACGGCGACGACUGGAAGCGCCACCGCAAGGUCGUGCACCCGGCUUUCAACAUGGACAAGCUCAAGAUGAUGACGGUCACCAUGUCCGACUGUGCUCGCUCCAUGAUGUCCGAGUGGGAGGCACAGCUCGCGAAGGGCGGUGAAGUGGAGGUCGAGCUGAGCAGCCGGUUCGAGGAGCUCACCGCCGAUGUCAUCUCGCACACUGCGUUCGGGAGCAGCUACAACGAGGGGAAACAGGUGUUUCUGGCGCAGAGGGAGCUCCAGUACAUCGCCUUCUCGACCGUUUUCAAUGUCCAGAUCCCGGUGUUCAGGUACCUUCCAACCGAGAAGAACCUCAAGACACGGAAGCUGGACAGGCAGGUGAGGGGCAUGCUCAUGGACAUCAUCAAGACCCGCCUCGCCAGCAAGGACACCGCCGGCUACGGGAACGACCUGCUCGGGCUCAUGCUGGAGGCGUGCGCGCCGGAGCACGGCGAGACGCCGGUGCUGAGCAUGGACGAGAUCAUCGACGAGUGCAAGACAUUCUUCUUCGCCGGGCACGACACCACGUCGCACUUGCUCACCUGGGCCUCGUUCCUUCUGAGCACGCACCCGGAGUGGCAGGACAGGCUCCGGGAGGAGGUCCGGCGGGAGUGCGGCGACGAGGUCCCCACCGGCGACGCGCUCAACAAGUUGAAGCUCGUCAACAUGUUCCUCCUGGAGACGCUGCGGCUGUACGGCCCGGUGUCCCUGAUCCAGAGGAAGGCGGGAUCGGACCUCGAUCUUGGCGGCAUCCGGGUACCCGAGGGCGCGAUCCUGACCAUCCCAAUCGCGACGAUCCACCGCGACAAGGAGGUCUGGGGCGACGACGCCGGCGAGUUCAAGCCGGAGAGGUUCGAGAACGGGGUGACGAGGGCGGCCAAGCACCCCAAUGCGCUGCUGUCCUUCUCCAGCGGGCCAAGGUCGUGCAUCGGUCAGAACUUCGCGAUGAUCGAGGCUAAGGCUGUGGUCGCCAUGAUCCUGCAGAGGUUCGCGCUCGAGCUGUCCCCCAAAUACGUCCACGCGCCCAUGGACGUGAUCACCCUGCGCCCAAGGCACGGGCUCCCCAUGCUCCUCAAGCGCCUGUAGGUUUGAUGGUGCGCUCACGAUGUGACAUAGGAAUACUGUAUUUGUUUGUUAUAUUUCCUUUCCUUUUGCUACUUGUAUCAAUGUACCCUACAUAAUGUAUGCCCCACUUUUUUCUGUCUUGGUGUAUGGUAUACACCAAUUCCACCAUAUAUGUAAAUGUUUAGCUAGAUUCAGAUACCUGUAAUUUUUAUUUUAUUUUUACUUUUUUACUCGUCUAAUAAAAAUCCGGUAAAUUUCUUUGCCA